AUGGGUUCCGAUAAUCUUGCGGUUCUCAAUGCCCUGGACACAGCCCGCACCCAAUGGUACCACGUAACCGCCAUUGUGAUCGCGGGUAUGGGUUUCUUCACCGAUGCCUACGAUCUGUUCUGCAUUACAACAAUCUCCAAGCUCCUUGGCCGACUUUAUUAUUAUGACCCAUCCACUGGAAAACCCGGAAAACUCCCUGUUCCUGUUAAUAACACUGUUAUUGGAGUGGCCUUGGUGGGUACCCUUUGCGGCCAGCUUGCGUUUGGAUGGGCCGGGGAUAAGCUUGGAAGGAAGAAAGUAUAUGGAGUGACCCUGGUUUUGAUGGUUAUUUGUGCAAUCGGGUCUGGUUUGUCUUUCGGGUCGACGGCGUCCUCUGUUAUUACUACACUCUGUUUCUUUAGGUUCUGGUUAGGGUUCGGUAUCGGUGGGGAUUACCCGUUAUCGGCCACCAUUAUGUCUGAAUAUGCCAACAAGAAGACCCGGGGAGCAUUCAUCGCGGCGGUUUUCGCUAUGCAAGGAAUGGGGAUCAUAUUUGCUGGAAUGGUUUCCAUGAUAGUGUCAAAACUUUUUCUGAUGAAUCAUACGGGUCCUAAAUUUGUCGACGAACAUGUUUUCUCGACCGAACCGGAGGCAGAUUUUAUGUGGAGGAUUGUGUUGAUGUUGGGUUCUUUGCCGGCGAUUUUGACGUUUUAUUGGCGGAUGAAGAUGCCGGAAACUGGUCGGUACACUGCGUUGAUAGAGGGAAACGCUAAGCAAGCGGCUGUUGAUAUGGGACGAGUUUUGGAUAUUGAAAUCCAAGCGGAAACUGAUAAGAUAUCUGAUUUUAAGGCGGCUAAUAGUUAUGGACUUGUAAGUAAUGAAUUCUUCAAAAGACAUGGAUACCAUUUGAUCGGUACAAUGACAACUUGGUUCUUGUUAGAUAUUGCAUUCUAUAGUCAAAAUUUAGCACAAAAAGACAUUUUCCCGGCGAUGGGUCUAACCGAUAAACCGGAACAUGUUAGUGCACUCACCGAGGUAUUCCAAACGUCUAAAGCCAUGUUCGUGGUUGCCCUUCUUGGAACGUUCCCCGGGUACUGGUUCACUGUCGCUUUCAUAGAAAAAAUGGGACGUUUCAACAUACAAUUGAUGGGUUUUUUCAUGAUGUCGGUUUUCAUGUUUAUUAUGGGGGUAAAGUAUGAAUAUUUAAAGGAAAACAAAUUGGCAUUUGCGACCCUAUACGGGUUGACAUUUUUCUUUGCCAAUUUCGGGCCGAACAGCACAACUUUUGUGCUUCCGGCUGAACUAUUCCCGACACGGCUGAGGUCGACUUGUCACGCCAUAAGCGCGGCUUCGGGGAAGGCGGGGGCGAUGGUUGGGGCGUUUGGAGUUCAGAGUUAUACUUUGAGUGGAGAUGUGAAGAAGAUAAAGAGGGCGAUGAUGUUCUUGGCGUUUACAAACUUGUUGGGAUUUGCGUGCACUUUUAUGGUCACUGAGACUAAAGGAAGGUCGCUGGAGGAGAUAUCUGGAGAGGACGGCGGCGUCGGCGGCGGUGGAGGACAUAAUGAAACGCAAAUGUCGCGACAAUCUGAGGACUGA